GGGAGUGAACUCUCGCGAGAAGAGGCGUUUGCCGUAGCGGAGCUCUCUGGCUGUGUGUCUUGAGGAUCUGGCGCCGGAGCUGCGAACGGUUUGCUGAGCCCGUUAGUGUCCCUGCUGAGACCCACGCCGCCGUCAUGUCCCGGUACCUGCGUCCCCCCAACACGUCUCUCUUCGUAAGGAACGUGGCGGACGAUACCAGGUCUGAAGAUUUACGACGCGAGUUUGGUCGUUAUGGUCCUAUAGUUGAUGUGUAUGUUCCACUUGAUUUCUACACUCGCCGUCCAAGAGGAUUUGCAUAUGUUCAAUUUGAGGAUGUUCGUGAUGCAGAAGAUGCUUUACAUAAUUUGGACAGAAAAUGGAUUUGUGGACGCCAAAUUGAAAUACAGUUUGCACAGGGGGAUCGAAAGACUCCAAAUCAGAUGAAAGCCAAGGAAGGGAGGAACGUGUAUAGUUCUUCACGCUAUGAUGAUUAUGACAGAUAUAGACGGUCUAGAAGCCGAAGUUACGAAAGAAGGAGAUCAAGAAGUCGUUCCUUUGAUUACAACUAUAGAAGAUCUUAUAGUCCUAGAAAUAGACCGACUGGAAGACCACGGCGUAGCAGAAGCCAUUCCGACAAUGAUAGAUUCAAACACCGAAAUCGAUCUUUUUCAAGAUCUAAAUCCAAUUCAAGAUCACGGUCCAAGUCCCAGCCCAAGAAAGAAAUGAAGGCUAAAUCACGUUCUAGGUCUGCAUCUCACACCAAAACUAGAGGCACCUCUAAAACAGAUUCCAAAACACAUUAUAAGUCUGGCUCAAGAUAUGAAAAGGAAUCAAGGAAAAAAGAACCACCUAGAUCCAAAUCUCAGUCAAGAUCACAGUCUAGGUCUAGGUCAAAAUCUAGAUCAAGGUCUUGGACUAGUCCUAAGUCCAGUGGCCACUGAUAGUAUAAACCAUGAUAUUUUUAGGCAUGUAUCAUUCAUUUACUCAUAGUUUGGUUUACUUAAAUUAUCAGGAAUACAAUGUUGCAAUGAUGCUUAAAAAAACACUUGUCAGUUUUCCCUGUACCAGGCAAUGGUUAUUAUUAAAAUGAUAUGCUGUUGAGAAGCCACUCUUAAGAGUCCAGUUUGUUUAAUGUUAUGGGCAGCUACCAAUUUGUGGUGUCUCUGUAUAUUUUUGUAAAGAUUCUCAUUUUUUAAUGCUUGAGGUAUUGGUGAAAAGAUGUUGGUUGACCAUAAUUUGCAACAUUGUCUUAUUAAAAAUAAACUUUCAUAUCCAUAUUUGGUAGAACUGUUAACCUAGAAAUGUAGCUUGCUAAUAAGGUAGAAUGAUACAAAAGUGAAGUUGUAGCCACCGUACAACACUGACCCGACUAGACACAUUUAGGUUCAGGGUGGACCUUUUUGUCUUGUCAAGGUGUCGAGACCCACGAUGAUAAUUUAUGACACAGUAUGGAAUAGUUCUUUUGUUAACCCCACUGUCUCGGGGAAUGACGCCAACUGGGUUAAGUAGCAUUUUCAGGGAGAUGGAGUUUUUGAUUGAAACACGGAGCCUUCACUUUUCUGGUUUCUGUGAAGAUUUGGAACCAUACAAACAUCAGAAAAACCCACCUUAAAAUUUGGGCAGGUUGAUGAUGGCAGAAAUAAUUUUAAGGGGAAAAGAAUGCUCUUAUGCAGUUACUCUAAACUUUAAGGAGCAUUGUUGACCAUAAUAUUGCUUAGUCUUCUUACUGCUGUUAAAAGCAAGUAAAGUGUUUUCAAAGUAGGUUUUGUUUGUGUGUGCACAUAGUGUAAAAGGACUGAAUUUUGAUGCUUAAAGCACUUGGUGUGUGCAUUUGUAUCAAAAUUUGCCCAUAUCUUAUGAAGGAGGCUGUUCUUCACGCCUCAGUUUAUUUAAUGUGAGGCAAGUAAAAAGACAACACUCCCAUUCUACGUGAUUCUGUGGUGCCAUGAGAUUUUAAAUAAUUCUGGAAAAAACUAAUUUUAAGGAAGUCACAUCUCGAGGUUUUGACUGAUUAUCCAUGUUAGUACCUGAUGAAAAUAAUACCCUAACUCUUUAUAAUUUCUAAUAUCUCUCUGUGAGAUCAUUUGGGGGCAAUAAAAAGUGACUUGACGUGUCCAAUCUCAUUUCAGAAUAAAAGUUGGCAUCUUUAAAAAUUUUACAGUGCUUGCUUACAGGCAUAAUAAGUAAGAAAUGUUGUGGGAAAACCAUUCCUUUUAGAGGGUUACUUUUUUCAAUUUUGGUUUUAGUAAUCUAGGCCUUGCCUGUAAAGAACAAAAGGUGGUUUUUAAAUACUGUUUGUGGAAUGUGUUUAAAGGAUUGAUUCUAGAACCUUUGUAUAUUUGAUAGUAUUUCUAACUUUCAUUUCUUUACUGUUUGCAGUUAAUGUUCAUGUUCUGCUAUGCAAUCAUUUAUAUGCACGUUUCUUUAAUUUUUUUAGAUUUUCCUGGAUGUAUAGUUUAAACAACAAAAAGUCUAUUUAAAACUGUAGCAGUAGUUUGCAGUUCUAGCAAAGAGGAAAGUUGUGGGGUUAAACUUUGUAUUUUCUUUCUUAUAGAAGCUUCUAAAAAGGUAUUUUUAUAUGUUCUUUUUAACAAAUAUUGUGUACAACCUUUAAAACAUCAAUGUUUGGAUCAAAACAAGACCCAGCUUAUUUUC